UGGUGUAUGUAGAACAUGGAAUUAUUACCAAAUAUGUGACAAAUAUAACGAUCUCACUAAUAUUGCACGAAGUAUUGUGAAAAUUGUUAAUAGUCGCUUAACACUAUACACCGUGGGCGUCAAAACUCUUGUCAUGAGCCUUUUUAUAUGAUAAAAAAAGUAAGAAUUUGCGAUGAAUAUUUUACCAAAAAAGAGUUGGCAUGUGAGAAAUAAAGAUAACAUAGAACGGGUACGCCGAGAUGAAGAAAAUGCCAGACUUGAAGAAGAAAAACGUCUCCAAAGAGCAGCCUUAGCGGAGCAAGAAGCCAGGACAAAAUUGCUCAGAGAUAGGGUUAAAGAAUCUUUCCAGACACAAGAGACGGUUUCACAACAGACACGUCAACGUGAAUCCAUAAAUCUCUUUGACUGCAGUUUUUCUGGGAAUGUGGCAACAAAUAAAGAUUACGAGCUCGAUAAAAAAGCUGAACAAGAAAAAAAGGAAAAAGCUUUGGGAGUGUUAAAAUAUCUUGGUGAAGGUGUAACUAAAGAUGAACAACCUUGGUACACUGAAAAACGUAGAAAAGACAACAAAGGAGAAAGUCAGAAAGAUGUCGACAAUAAACAGAGAAUGGACCCAUUGAUGAAGAUGAAUUCUUUCUUGGAUCAAACAAAAAAAAAUUAUUCAAAGAGAUCAGAAAGAAAGAAACAAGAAAAAAUGUCCAAGAAAUCAAGGUCAAAGAAAACAAUUGAAGAAUUAAGAGCAGAAAGAGUAAAACGUGAAAAAGAAGAACAACUAAGAUCAGAAAAAUUUCUCAGAGAGCAAAAAGAAGGAAAACCAAUUGAAGAUGAUCCUUAUAAAGACAGUUAUUAUUCACAGUUCAAUCCAAGCCUUGCUAGAAAACGAAAAUGGAACAGACACUAAUGCCAUUUAGAAUGUUUGGUCUUAUGAUGACCAUUGUGUAAUUAUUGAAAAGUCGUGUAAAUAAACAGGUUGUAUUUUA